UUCACUGCAUCUGUACGCAGUGCGGGAGCAGCGGGGAGCAGGCUAGGGGAUCCCACCCAGCUCAGUUCUCGCUGCUGUGUGACCUCAGGCAGACUGACUCUGGGCUGACCCCAGCAUCAAGGGCUAGUGGAAACAACCUGCCUCCUCCAGAUGUGGGGAAAACUCGCGGGGAGGGGACGCACAAGUGCGGACGGAGUAGAGUCCGGCGUGCAGUGGGCGCCCGGGCCAGCGAGUUGCAGCAGAGUAACCCCAGCCGCGACUUGAGGCAGCCCGGAGAAAGACAGAGGGCAACAGGCCAGAUCUGGAGAAUGAAAGGCCUCACUGUGUGGAUUUCCUUCCUGGCCGCCCAGUAGUUUGCUCAGGGCGGGGAUGCACACCUGGCAUUGGAGUGCGGGCCAAAUCCACGUCGACACCGGCCCACUCCCUGCUGCCCGAAGUUGGGCGGGAUCUGUUGCCUCAAGCCAGGAGUGACCCAGCUGUGCCAAAACUGAGCUAUUGGCUGCCCCAGGGUGGAGAAGCCCUAUCCACUCCUGGGCAGCUGGUACUGCAGCCUCGGAGCCAGGCUCAGCCUCCCUGGCUCAGGACCCCACCCUUGAAGUCAUUAACUGUAUUUUCUGCUUCCUCCCAAUUGACCUUCCAGGGCGAGGGUUGUUAGAGAACUAGACAUUAGUCACCAAACCCAGGAACCUUUCGCUCCUGGAAGAAGGCCUGAGUUUAUAGAGACAAACCCCCUUUUCUAAUUCUAGCAUCCCAAUCUUGAAGCGGUGUUCUCUUCUGCCAGGACUGCCCAUUCUCCAGACAAGGAGGCAGGAAGGCACCAUGGCAGAGAAGGUGCUGGUCACAGGCGGGGCUGGCUACAUCGGCAGCCACACGGUACUGGAGCUGCUGGAGGCUGGCUACUCCCCUGUGGUCAUCGACAACUUCCAUAAUGCCAUUCGUGGAGGGGACUCCAUGCCCGAGAGCCUGCGGCGGGUCCAGGAACUGACUGGCCGCUCUGUGGAGUUUGAGGAGAUGGACAUCUUGGACCAGGCAGCCCUGCAGCAACUCUUUAAGAAGCACAGCUUUAAGGCCGUCAUCCACUUUGCUGGGCUGAAGGCUGUGGGCGAGUCAGUGCAGAAGCCUCUGGAUUAUUACAGAGUUAACCUAACAGGGACCAUCCAGCUCUUGGAGAUCAUGAGGGCCCACGGGGUGAAGAAUCUGGUAUUCAGCAGCUCGGCCACCGUGUACGGGAACCCCCAGUACCUGCCUCUGGACGAGGCCCACCCCACUGGGGGCUGUACCAACCCCUAUGGAAAGUCCAAGUUCUUCAUCGAGGAGAUGAUCCGGGACCUGUGCAGGGCGGACACGGCCUGGAACGCAGUGCUGCUUCGGUACUUCAACCCCACGGGCGCCCAUGCCUCCGGCCGCAUUGGCGAGGAUCCCCAGGGCAUCCCCAACAACCUCAUGCCCUAUGUCUCCCAGGUGGCAAUUGGACGACGAGAGGCCCUGAAUGUCUUCGGUGAUGACUAUGCUACGGAGGACGGGACAGGGGUAAGGGAUUACAUUCACGUGGUGGAUCUGGCCAAGGGCCACAUAGCAGCCUUGAAGAAGCUGAAGGAGCAAUGUGGUUGCCGGACCUACAACCUGGGCACAGGGACAGGCUACUCCGUCCUGCAGAUGGUCCAAGCCAUGGAGAAGGCUUCAGGGAAGAAGAUCCCCUACAAGGUGGUGGCGCGGCGGGAAGGGGACGUGGCGGCCUGUUACGCCAACCCCAGCCUGGCCCAUGAGGAGCUGGGCUGGACAGCAGCCUUGGGCCUGGACAGGAUGUGUGAAGAUCUAUGGCGCUGGCAGAAGCAGAACCCUUCAGGCUUUGGGGCACAGGCCUGAGGACCUCCUUACCAUGGACCAGGAAAGGAAGAGGAGCCGCUGCCUGCUUUCCAGCCUCCACGGGACCCUGUACCCUCAUGCUCUGGGGCCAAGCUGGGGCCACCCUACCUCAAAUGCCAGCUGCCUGUUCAGCCCUCCAGGCAGGAGACCUCUGUCUGGCUCCACUAACCAGGAAGAAGCCGGGGUCUUUCCAGCCUAUCUCCCCCAGGGUCCAGGAGCUCAUGGGACCCCUAGAGCCUGUGAGGGCCAUGGGGUCUGGGACCAUAGCCUCCCCCAGGCACUAACUUACACUGCUGUGAUUGAGCUUUCCAAAGUAUUUAAAAUAAAAACGUUUUCUUAUCCUGGG